AAAAAUCUUAAGUCUCCAAAACUGAUUCAUCGUUUUCAAUGCCAAAAACCGGCUGAACCUCAGCUCGCCGGAAAACCAUUCUACAAACUGGACACCGACUGCCACAGUUCCUCCAUGUAUCAAAGCAUUCCUUAUGGUACAAGUGCCCACACUGCAGUUCCCAGUAAUCUCCCUUGCUGCGACUAUCAUAACACAACCCGCACGAAGAAUAAUCUGUCCCCAUUCCUUCCGAUCCCCAUGACUGUUGUAUAACAACGGAAUCCGUAUUGCAUUCUCCCAGCGUAGAACCACAGUCUCUCCUAUGCGUCACCGUCACAUAGAAAAAAAUCAGCCGGGCGAUUAUCUGCAUUAUAUUAUGCACUACAAUCCGGUAUCCACAUGGAGCAUAGCUUCCCACGGACAUAUGCGCUUCGGCCAACGAUACAAUAUUGAUGCCACUAAGGAUGACGACCAUUAAACCAGCCAUGCAGUUGCGGAAGAUCUUCACUCCGACACUGAGAUUAUCCUUCGACACCUCGUCCGCCAAGCCCUGGUAAACGACAAUUGUCACCAGCUCAACGAACGCCAUAAAUCCGUUAUAUCCAAUCCACACCGCAGUGGUGCUUUCCAAGAGAUACGCAUAGCAGUUGGCCACAUGCGGAGGAAACAGAGUGAUAAGAAGGUAGACAGCAACGGAGAACAGUACGUAGAUGCUACUAGCUAUGAUCCCCCCACAAGCGCUCAACCAGGACUGCGAUCGGCAACAACAACGUUGUCGUACGGCUUCACCGAUGUUCUGGAUCAUGUGGCCGCACAACGGUAAAAAGGCAUACAGAAUGUAAUACAUGAUAUUGUGGCGACUGUGUGGGCAUAACAACGUCGUGAAGGAGAUCCAGCGAAUGUGUUGUACAGUGUCGUAGCUGCUGAGACAUACGGAACUGCAAGCCAUCACAUCGGCCGUUAGCGUGAAAACAGCGGCAACCGACGCUAAUAUAAAUCCAACGGCGAUGCAUAAGAGGUAUAUCGUCGCUGUCGCUGAAACGAAAUUGCCCAAAAGCUCCUUGAACAGAAAAUGAAAAUAAUACUGCGCGGGCGUCUCCGUCCACAGGAAGCUGAUGAUUAAGACUUUAAAAACCCAAUAUAAAAUCCACGCCAGCUGCAUCUGGUCGCCAGGAACGGCCAUCCAGCCGAUAUCACGGAUCUGGAUGUGGUAGGAGCCGGUUAUGUUGAACCGGCAAAAAUAGCCCAGAUUUCUCCAGGAGUAAUGGUUUCGCAGGUGGCGCAAGGUUCCCAUGACGCGUGUUAGGAAAGCCAGCCCAAAAUCCAAAUUAAUCCCCACAAAUACCAAUGCGUCAGCCAUUCCCAGUGAGUAUUUCACGCGGAAGUACGUCGCGUCGUCAAACUGGUCCCUGGUAAAAUGGAGAAUACUGUACAAAAGCGGGGUCACUUGGAUCAACUGAAGCGCGCGUCGAGGAACAAACGGUUUGCGUAGUUGUGAGAGCCGAUAAAGUGUCUGCUCGGGAUCCUGCAGACGGAGUUGUGCGAUGUAGUGACGGUAACAGCCAACAAGAAGAUAGAUGAUAAGCGCCGUAAGAAUGGGAUAAACCUGAUUGCUGGUUGUAAAGGCAAAAUUACUCAACUGUCCCAGCAACUGAAUCAAGAAGAAGAGUUCAAUAAGAACACCAUUAUACCACAUCUGUUUCGAACAAAGAUAAUGGGCCAUCCACCAACAGAAACAGAAACCUACCAAAACACAAGCAACACCUGGGAUGCAAUUAGAUUCAGAGAAAUGGUACGAUUUCUUACCAAGGGCCGCAGCAAAAGUUUUCGGAUCGGCGAAAUUGUAAAGACUGUAAUCAUGGUUGGAAGCAAAAAUGCAAUCAACGAUAGCAGUGAAAAAAUUAAUGAAAAACCACCGCGGACCAGCUAAAAAAUCAGCAAUCAAUAAGAAGAAGGCUCGGUGAAAUAAUGUUGCUGUUAUACGGCAGACACGAAAAGCAAGCAUCUCUUCGAUGCAACAUCAAGAAAUCUUCUUGAGUGGUCAUCUUAGUUCUUGCAAAUGUCCAUACAACUUUUAGGGGUCCAGCUUGUUUUUUUCACAGUUCUACCUGGGACGACACUCUCGGAGCCUUUCUACUAUAACCUUGCUCAAGGUCACCAUAGGAACAGUGCAUUUAGUGAAUGAUACAUUUCGGAACAUCCUUCGCUGCGCUCCACACUCGUAAUGGGACAGUUACAGAGCAAAGACGAAAAAACCGUCGCCGAUAACGCUGGCGAAGUGGAAAUGACUGAUUUAGAAAAGCAGUGGAUGGAUCCUCAUAAGCGAAAAAUUCUGGAAGCGAUAAACGAUGUCAAUUCAAAGUUCCACGAAAGGUCACUGUUUGACGUCUCCACUCAGAUCAGCGCCCUUCGACGGCUGUGUUUUGUUACAUAUUACGCGAAUGAUUUUGAAUUAAUUCAGAAAUGCCAGGAAACAUUUCCGAGUUUGAUUCGCUACCUGACCGAUUCCAAAACAACGUUUCAAUUGCGGCUGGAACUUAUCUCCGCUGUGUCCAUACUGUGCCACGGAAACCAGGUUAAUUGUCGGGUCUGGGCUGCGGAGGGAGGCAUGAAGGUACUCAUAGGUCAACUGCGCCAAAUCCCGCGUGGACUCCUUACUGAUGCGAUGCACCGGCAAACGCUGCAGCUGAACGUCUGGAUUGUGUACACUUUUCGCACUGUGCUGUGUGGUAGCGCCGAAGCGAUUAAAUGCAUCAUUGGAUGUGCUGACUUCCCGCAGUUUGCGGAUAUGCUGAUAGAAAUGUGCAGCAUGGCAGAUGUGUGGAGUAAAACCACAGAGCGUCAGAAUUAUGCUCUUGAUUGCUGUGUACUGCUUGGGAUAGGUGGAAAGAAAAGGGAAGUAGUUUAACCCGUUGACGGGCAUUGGCGUCAGGACGCAACAUGGUCUUCUGAAUUUUUUUCCCAAUGAUUGGGAACAGUUAAUGAAUAUCAAUUAGCAUAAUUAGCAAUAAGAGACUUUAAAGCAGCAGUAAAAACAUAAUUCAAACUUAUAUCUCAAGUUAUUUACAAAUGACCGUUGCCCGAAAAUGGAUAAUUUCGGACUUUUAGCUCUCGUAGAUCUUGCUAAUUAACUA